GCCGCAGCAGCAACAGCAACACUAGCAGAUAAACAGGAAACAGUUGCAGUUGCUCCUCUAUCCCUGCCCCUGCCCCUGCCACUGCCACUGUCUCGACCGCUGGCCAUCCGCAAGACGGCAAAAAUUUCAAAAAUUCCAAAGGAACCCGAAGAAUUGAAAGCCAAGAAGAAGACAAAGUGUGAAGCAGCAACAACAGCCGCCACCAACGCCACACCAGCAGCAGCAGCAGCAGCAGCAGCAGCAACAUCAGCCACUAAUUACGAAAAAAUGCCAAUGAAUUUGAUGAUUGUGGAAAGUGUUGAGACAGUCGAUAUGGGAUCAUCGGACAAUGACAACGAGACAACGGAGCAGGUACCGUUGGUGAGUGCCAGUCGUCGGAAUCUGGCCAAAAUCGUAGCCGAUUGUCGGCUACAAAUCGAAAUAGAGCCGACAACGGCAGCAGCGCCAGCCACAACAACAGCAACAACUGAAGUUGCAACAGAACUGGCAGCAGCAGCAGCAGCAACAAAAGAUAUGGUAGAAAAAACAACAUCUUCGUCGGCGUCUUCAGCGUCGUCGUCGGCUUCUACAUCAUCUUCCAGCUCAACAUCAUCAGAAUUUACGCACACAUCACAGACGACAAUACCAAGUACGGAUAAUCUAACGUCAUCCAAUGGACUGGCCAAUAUGGGCAAAAGCAUUUUAGUUGAUGCCAAAAGUGGCACGCCAGCAUCUUUGGCUUAUCCAUUUCUGAGUGGUCCGACACCGAAUGUUCCAGCAGUCGGAGCGCCACAACAGCAGCCACAGCAUCAGCAAGCCACCCCACCCACGCUACAGUUAACCUUUCAGAAUCUGAACGUCUUGCACAACGAACGAAAAAUACUUUCCGAUGUGAGUGGAUUUGUCAGUCCCUGCGAGGUGCUUGCCGUUAUGGGGCCCUCGGGCAGCGGAAAGACCACGCUGCUGGACUGCCUCAGCGGACAGCGGCACAUUGACAGCGGCAGCGUCUUCCUCAACCGCGAGCCGCUCUCCAAAAAGUGGCGUCGCCGGAUCGGCUAUGUACUGCAGGAGGAGAUCUUUUUUCCGCAACUAACGCUCAGGGAGACGGUGGUGUACACGGCGCUGCUGCGUCUGCCCGAGUCCAUGCCGCGGGCGGAGAAGAUGCGCCAAGUGGAUCACAUACUGGAGGCACUGGAGUUGGGCUGCUGCCAGCAGACGCGUUUCGGGGACUACCUGAAUCGUGGUCUUUCCGGCGGUGAGAAGAAGCGCGCCAACAUAGCCUGCGAGCUGCUGACAAAUCCGCUGCUCAUGCUCUUGGAUGAGCCCACCUCGGGACUGGACAGCCACUCGGCCAUUUCGCUAAUGAAGGUGCUCAAACGGUACGCACAGCUGGAGCAAAAGACAAUUGUGAUAAGUGUGCACCAGCCCUCGUCGCAGAUGUUCCACAUGUUCGACAAGUUGCUGCUGCUGCAUCAGGGCCGCACCGCCUACUUUGGGGAUGUGCACAAUAUUUACCGACAUUUCGAGGAUAUUGGUGUAACCAUCAAACCGCACUACAAUCCCGCUGACUUUGUCUUGGAGCAACUGAAGUCCCAUCCUGAUAUACGCGAGAAGCUGUUCGUAGCCGCCAGGGAAUCUCAUGGCAACUAUUUGAACCGCAAUUGCAUUACCAGCAGCCACCACACCAGCGGAGAGCCCAAGGCCAAGAAGCAGCCGGAUAGCAUACUGAUCGAUGAUAUAAUCAACAACUACUACAACCAGCAUCAUCAUCAUCUGCACCAGCCCCACCACCAUCAUCAUCAUCACAGCCAUCACCAUCACCAGUACGAAAAUUUACAUCACACAGUCAGUGGCUGUCAGGUGGAGGAGGAUGAGGAGGCAGCUCAACACUUGGUCUGGUGCGGUGCCGACUCGCAGUCAAACUUCAGUUCCUGCGCCUCCAGCGACUGUCACUCGUAUAGUGCGGGCAGUGUGCCGAAUCAUAAUGGGGAUGAGGACUGGCUGUCGUAUCCCACAAGCUUUCACACCCAAUUCUGUGUCCUGUCUAGCCGCAACUUCAAGGAGGCCAAGCCCCGAAUGCUCUCCAAGCUCAAUUGGUUCCAGACAAUCGGUCUGGCACUGAUGGCGGGCGCCAUUUGGUUCCAACUGCCCCGCACCGAGGAGUUUCUGCACGACCUGCAGGGCUGGAUGUUCUUUUCGCAGACCUACUGGAUGCUUUUUGCUCUGUUCGGUGCCCUCAAUUCAUUCCCCUCGGAGCGUGAGGUCAUCAGCAAGGAGCGACGUUCGGGCGCCUACCGCCUCUCCGCCUACUAUCUGGCCAAAAUGUGUGCCGAACUGCCGUUGGUGGUCACGCUGCCCACUGUCUACCUCAUGAUAAGCUAUCCCAUGCUGGGCUGCACAAGCCUUAAACUGUUCUUCCUGAUGCUCAUCUUUCUGCUCAUCAACACGAUUGUGGCACAGAGCGUGGGCUUCUUUAUUGGCGCCUGUUGCAUGGACAUGAAUGUGAGCAUCACGCUCAGUGCUCUCUACACACUGGCCACCCAGCUCUUUGGCGGCUAUCUGUCGUCACGCAUUCCGGAGGGCCUCAGCUGGAUACGCUACACGUCCAUGAUCCAUUAUGCCUAUCAGAAUAUGCAGAUACUGGAGUUUCGCGAGGGUCCAGCUGUUAGGUGCGGUACGCCUAGUAGCUAUGAGAUAUGCAAACAGCAGACAACCGAAUUCAUUCCAUAUGAGGAAAUACUCAAAGCACAAAAUUCGACAUCUCCGCUCUGGCUGAAUACGCUCAUCCUGAUGAUGUUCUUUCUGGUGUUCCGCUGCCUGGGCUAUGCGGUGCUACGCUACCUGCGUUGCCCCAAAAAGACGUGAUAUCCAGGGGAGGACACAGAGAGGGAGCUCGAGCACCGAGGAGAUGGAACCCCCAGUGCCACGUUGCUCGUUACAAUUUUUUGUCUGCUAAAGUGCGCCAAUUAUGUGAUUCAGUUUACUUUUCAAGCCACACACACACCAUUUAUUAUUACCUACUAUAAAUAUUACUAUCCCCCCAACUAUUAUUAUUACUAUUAUCAUUGUAGGAGCUAGAGAAUAGCCAGGAGCCGGCGCGUAUCUGUAAACGGAAAUCUUUGUUUUGUUUUAUGCAUUUUAAUUGUUAGCCGUUCAAAUUACAAUUCGCUGCAGCAACCAUAGAGAGGGAGAGAGCGGAGUGUAAAGAGAGUAUAUUUUAAUGUACGUUUUAAAGUACCCCCCCGCGCGCAUAUCUGGCCAAUUAUCCACACACAUAAAUAUUAAUUGUAAAUUUAAUAUGAACGCUAGUAAUGUUUUUUGUAGGAAUUUUUUGCAAACAUAAUUUUUUUUCGCUUGUGGAAAAAAAACACUGUGAUUUAGUAUGCUAGUUUUUUAAUUAGUUUUAAAUUGAGUGCGUGCAAAAUGCAGCAAGUGAAAUGUGUCCGAGGCACAUAAUAGAAAUGGAAAAAUGAAAAAAAAACACGCACACACCCAAGCACACACACACACAUAA